AUGUUACGUGGACAUCAGGGUGGGACCCACAAAAGCUUUAGGUUGUCGUACAGGGAGCAUCGCCGACUCGGAAACCGGAAUGCUCCUAAAAUACGCCGGGUGCCUCCGCGACUAUCCGUGCCCCUAAUCUAUCUUGCACCUCAACCGCUUCCCGCUGCCUCCCGAUUACAAACAGACGGCAAUCGGAUAUAAAUUCCCCCUAACAGCAUAAACCUCAGAAUCCAAAAACAGAAAAGAGGCGAAAAAGCUCCAGCGACUUUUCUAUUUGCAACCCUUUUUCGGAGCCCUAGAUCGAAAAAACGACGGGAGAUUUCUCCGUUUCAGCAAAGAUCUUUUGUGCUGUUUAAGAGGACGAACGCGGUUUUUCAGUAAAGUUUGGGGACUGAGUGCAAUGACUUCCGUAUCCAGUCAGCCCCAGUUUCGGUACACUCAACCGCCUUCUAAGGUGCUUCAUCUGAGAAAUUUACCGUGGGAAUGCACGGAGGAGGAAUUGAUUGAACUGGGGAAGCCCUUUGGUAAAAUCGUGAACACAAAAUGCAAUGUUGGUGCAAACCGCAACCAGGCUUUUGUUGAAUUUGCAGAUUUAAAUCAAGCAAUUGCAAUGAUAUCCCAUUAUGCUUCCUCAUUAGAGCCGGCUCAGGUACGGGGGAAAACUGUCUACCUUCAAUAUUCCAACAGGCAAGAAAUCGUCAAUAACAAAUCGACUGGCGACAUUGCUAGUAACGUGUUGCUGGUUACCAUCGAGGGUGUUGAGGCAAGCGAUGUCAGCAUUGAUGUUUUACACUUGGUUUUCUCAGCUUUUGGAUUUGUACACAAAAUUGCCACCUUUGAGAAGACAGCAGGUUUCCAGGCACUGGUGCAAUUUUCUGAUGCGGGAACUGCAUCUACAGCAAAAAAUGCUCUGGAAGGGAGAAUCAUUCCUAGAUACUUGCUUCCGGAGCACUUUGGGCCAUGUACUCUCAAGAUAAAUUUUUCUGGACAUACAGAUUUAAAUGUGAAAUUUCAGAGCCACCGGAGUAGGGAUUAUACUAAUCCAUACCUUCCUGUUGCUCCUUCAGCUAUAGAUGGCAGUGGUCUGGCCGGUGCGGGUCUUGAUGGUAAAAAACAAGAAGUGGAGAGUAAUGUUCUUCUUGCAUCUAUCGAGAACAUGCAGUAUGCAGUGACCGUGGACGUAUUACAUAAGGUCUUUUCUACUUUUGGUCCUGUUCAGAAAAUUGCCAUUUUUGAGAAGAACGCGGGAUGUCAAGCUUUAGUUCAGUACCCUGAUGUUCAGACGGCCAUCAUCGCCAAGGAAGCCUUGGAAGGACACUGCAUCUAUGAUGGAGGAUAUUGCAAGCUUCACCUCACCUAUUCUCGUCAUACCGAUCUUAAUGUAAAGGCAAACAAUGAACGAAGCAGAGACUACACCAACCCAAAUGUAGCUAUCUCAAACAGCCAGCCUUCAAUUCUGGGGCAGCAGCCACUUCAGGUGCCGGGAUCUGCAACUUCUCAGUACAGCAACAUCCCCUUCGUACAAACGACCACUGGGAUAAUGGCCUCUCAACCCAUGGGGCAAUGGGAUGCCGGUGUUGGAGCACCAGCACCUUUGCCUUCCCAUCUGCCUAAUCACAUGUACAUGUUGCCUGUAACCAACCUGCCUUCUGAGAUGGGUCCUGCUGGAAUGAUGCAGCUUCCCAACCAAGGUGGCCUACUACCUGCCAUGCAUUCAAUGCCACCUUAUGGCCACUGACCAACUUCGUAUGUAGCAAAUCUCCUCCCUUGAAGCUUGCUCGAUUUUCUGGGUCCCACAAUGUGAUGAUCCAGAUUGUUCAUGUACCGAGGUGGUUUGCAGCAAAUCUCUUCCCUUGAAGUUUGCUCGAUCUUCUGGGUCCCACAAUGUGACGAUCCAGAUUGUUCAUCUAUUAGUCCCUACGGAAGGUUCACGCAGAGAGAGAGAGAGAGAGAGAGAGAGAGAGAGCACUCAUCGGUGAUCUCAUCAUCCGCACAAAAUUGAAUCAGAAACCAGGUCCAGAAAAGCACACUUUGACCUGCUUUCUCGUGAAUGCUGAUGAUCUUCAAUCAGCCAGAUUCUUUCCAUGGGGAUUGCAUGCUACAGGAGCUUCCUGAUGAAUGGUCAGAACUAUCGGGUUGUAGGGUAGAAGGGGUGAACCUCUAGGGAGAGCUAGCCAGCAAACCUCUUUGUAACCAUUGCUGUUCGGCUAUAAGGAUGGUGGGAAAUGUUGUUUGCUUGCUCUUCUCUAAAAUACCCCCCCUCAAUGAAUUAUUGUUAAUGCGUUCAACAGCAGAAGUGUGUGUUUUUGUCGCCUCCGUGUGGGCCUUGAGUUUGGACUGUCCAUCCAGUGGGCCCCACUGUCUAUGGAACAUUUGUUGCUUUCAUCAUUAUUAUUUUUUAACCGGUUGAAUGUGGGCCUUAUUGUU